AUGGAGCGGCCCUCUUUUGCCAGAAGGCUUGCCUGCCUCACCGUACUGAUGAUGGCCGCCACACCCGCGCUUGUCUCGGCCGCCGGGCCGCCGCCUUCGCUGGAAAAACAAGCAGCGGCGCUCCUGGCCUGGAAAGCCAGCCUCCACAACCAAAGCCAAGUCGGUCUGCGGUCCUGGAGAAACACGUCGGCGCCUUGCAGUUGGCGCGGCAUCCGGUGUGGCGCACGGGCAACUUCCGGGCACCAGCCAGAGCCAGUGGUCACCAGCGUCUCCUUGCGUGGGACGCGGCUGCGAGGGACGCUGGAGCCCCUCGACUUCUCCGCCCUGAGCACCUUGCGGGCCCUGGACCUCUCGCGCAACCGGCUGCACGGGAGCAUUCCCUCCAGCGUGGAGGUCCUCAAGGAGCUCCAUGCGCUGCUCCUGCACGGCAAUCGGAUAAGAGGCUACAUUCCACCUUCUCUGGGAAGCCUCACAAGAUUGCAUUUCCUAAUGCUCCAUGACAACCAAAUCUCCGGCGAAAUACCGAGUCAGAUAGGCGAGCUGGAUAAUCUUGUGGGUCUAAACCUGUCAGGCAAUCGUCUGGUUGGUCAUAUCCCUCAUCAAGUAGGACGCCUACCGCACUUGGCUACAUUAGAUUUCUCCAACAAUAACCUGUCAGGUUCAAUCCCAAGCAGCUUAGGGAAUCUGACUGAACUAAUUAGCUUGCGCCUCCCAGGAAACCAACUUUCUGGACAUAUUCCGGGAGAACUGGGUUAUUUGUUCAACUUAGAGCACUUGGAGCUUAGCCACAACCCGCUCACAGGCUCCAUCCCGAUUAGCUUUGGGAAUUUGACAAAGCUCUCUGCCUUGUACAUCGAUAGUAGCCAACUCUCUGGACACAUUCCUCAACAACUAAGUUCUUUGGUCCACUUGGAGAAAUUGGUUCUUAGGAACAACACACUUACAGGCCCUAUCCCAAAGACCUUAGGGAAUCUGACUAAACUCACUACUUUGCAUCUUCACAGGAACACACUUUUUUGCCACAUUCCUCAAGAACUAGGAUUUUUGAUCAAGCUGAAGGAAUUCAAGCUUCACAGAAACACACUAAUAGGUUCGAUCCCAAAUAGCUUGGGGAAUUUGACAAAAAUCACUACAUUCUAUCUUUGCAACAACCAAAUCUCUGGACACAUUCCUCAAGAACUGGGCUAUUUGGUCAACUUAGAGGACUUGGAUCUUGGGAACAACACACUAACAGGCCCCAUCCCAAACAGUUUAGGGAAUUUGACUAAGCUCACCUCCUUAGGCCUUUAUAUGAACCAACUUUCUGGAUCCAUUCCUCAAGAAGUUAGCAAAUUGAGAAAUCUGGUUUACUUUCUACUCGGCUUUAACAACCUCACUGGUGCCUUGCCAUCGAAUCUUUGUUCGGGAGGCCGACUGCAGAAUUUCACCGUUGUUGACAACAAUUUAACUGGACCUGUGCCAAGAAGCUUGCUUAACUGCAAAAGUCUAGUCAGAAUUCGUCUUGAACGAAAUCAGCUCAAUGGAGAUAUCUCUGACAUGGGACAUCUUUCAAAUCUUGUAUAUAUUGACAUCAGUUCUAAUAAACUAUACGGGCAAUUAUCUCAUCGGUGGGGUGAGUGCUACAAACUUACAAUGAUGCGUGCCUCAAACAAUAUUAUAACUGGAGUCAUACCCCCAAGCAUAGGGAAAUUAUCUCAGCUUGGGAUACUUGAUGUUUCAUCAAACAAACUUGAAGGGCAAAUCCCACAAGAAAUCGGCAACCUGUCUGCAUUAUUCUAUCUGAGCCUUGGUGAUAACUUGCUUUGGGGAAGUAUACCACAAGAAAUUGGAGCCCUAAAAAGUUUGGAGCAUUUGGAUUUAUCAUCGAACAACCUAAGUGGGAUGAUACAAUGGUCAAUUGGGAACUGCUCCAAGCUUCGCUAUGUGAAGUUGAGCCAUAAUCACCUCAGUGGCAACAUUUCAAUCGAACUAGGUAAGUUGGUAAACCUACAAGAGUUGUUGGACCUAAGUGACAAUUCUUUUCUCGACUCUAUUCCGAGUCAGUUGGGUGGUCUGAACAUGCUUGAAGCCUUGAAUCUUUCACAUAAUACACUGAAGGGCCGCAUUCCACCAUCAUUUGGGAGCAUGACCAGCCUCCUAUCUAUGGACGUAUCAUACAAUAAACUAGAAGGGCCGGUGCCACAAAGUAAGCUCUUUAGAGAAGCUUCAGUUGAAUGGUUCUUCCCCAAUAAGAAUUUGUGUGGUGCCGUGAAAGGUUUGCCCACUUGUGAUCCUCCUCCGAGUGGUGGGCGGGAAAUGAAGUCCAAAGCUAUUCUGCUUGCUAUAAUGCCAGCUAUUUUAUUUUUUGGGUUCAUCAUGACACUAGUAACAUUGCAAUGUAAAAGGAAGAAAUCCAUGGCACAGGAUCUAAAUGAAUUGCACCAGACAAAGUUGUUCGCCGUCUGGGACUUUGAUGGACAAGAUGUGUACAAGAAAAUUGUUGAUGCCACAGAAAAUUUCAGUGACACCCACUGCAUUGGAAUUGGAGGUAAUGGAUCAGUGUACAGAACUCAGUUGCCAACAGGGGAAAUAUUUGCUGUAAAAAAGAUUCAAAUGAUGGAAGAUGCUGAGAUAUUUAAUUGUGAAGUAGAAGCGUUGAUGCAUAUUCGGCACCGCAACAUUGCGAAGUUAUACGGCUAUUGUUCUGCUCCUCAGGGGAGAUUUCUUGUGUAUGAAUACAUGCAUAGAGGAAGCUUAGCAGCAUCUUUGAAGAACAACGAAACUGCAAUUGAAAUGGUUUGGGUGAAGAGGUUAAAUGUAAUUACGGACGUUGCUCAUGCUUUGUCUUACAUGCAUCAUGAUUGCUUUGCGCCGAUGGUCCACAGAGAUAUAACAAGCAGCAACAUUUUGCUUGACCUUGAAUUCAGAGCAUGCAUCUCUGAUUUUGGUAUUGCCAAAAUACUAGACAUGGAUGCGCCAAGUUGCACAAAGCUUGCCGGGACAAAAGGAUAUCUGGCCCCAGAGCUUGCAUACACAACAAGGGUGACGGAGAAGUGUGAUGUUUAUAGUUUUGGAGUACUUGCUCUAGAGUUGUUUAUGGGACAUCAUCCAGGUGAUUUUCUUUUGUCCAUGGCCAAGAAAAGUAUAUUACUUGAGAAAUUGUUGGACACCCGGCUCCCACUCCCUGAAGCAGAGAUUGUAAGUGGCAUAUCUAAAGUUAUCGCGAUCGCUGUUCGGUGCAUAGAACCUGAUCCAUCGCACCGUCCAACUAUGCAACAAGUAACCAAGGUGUCCUCAACAGCUGAAGGAACAGCUAAUGAUUAUCUGCACACUGUCAUUGCCAUCCCUGCCUGCUGGUCGUGA